AUGUUAACAACCCAGAUUAUCUCGAGCAGCAUCCAUAAAACGAGCAAUCUGUUUAACGAGAAACACUUUGUGUCACGGCAAUUAUGUCUGAAGUGAAUUUAAUUGGGGUUGAUGUUGGAACUGGAAGUGUACGGGCAGCCCUGGUUAGUAGCGCAGGUAAGAUACUCAAAACCCAUGUAGAACCGACGCGAACCUGGAACCCUUUAAGUAACCACUAUGAGCAAUCCAGCGACAACAUCUGGAAUGCUGUUUGUGAAUGUGUACGUAACGUUGCAUCGUAUUGUCCCAAAGAUGAAAUCAAGGGCAUUGGGUUUGAUGCAACAUGCUCAUUAGUAGUUUUGGAUAAGCAAGGAAAUCCACUCAGUGUUAGCACAACUGGAAAUAAUGAACAAAAUAUUAUACUUUGGAUGGACCAUCGCGCGCAUGCCGAAGCCGACUUUAUAAAUUCCAGCAAACACGAACUUUUAAAUUAUGUUGGAGGAAGCGUCUCCUUGGAAAUGGAAUGUCCGAAACUGCUAUGGCUUAAAAAGAAUAUGUUCGACCAAACCUGGACAAAGGCAGGUGCUUUUUUUGAUCUGCCUGAUUUUCUGACUUAUAAGGCAACUGGCAGCUUAAACCGAUCAAUCUGUUCGGCGGUGUGCAAAUGGAAUUAUGAUGCUAUGCAGAAAACAUGGUCUAGCGAAUAUUUCUCAAACAUUGGAAUGGUCGACCUCACUACGAAUAAUUUUUACCUGAUAGGUCAAGAGGUAAACGUUCCAGGUAGCCCGAUCACAAAUGGUUUAUCCCCGGAAGCGGCAAAAGCCAUGAGCUUGAAUGCAGGCAUUGCAGUAGCUACUUCAAUGAUUGAUGCACAUGCUGGUGCUUUGGCUCUACUAGGAUGCCGCAAUCCGGAAAGUGACCUUCAAGAUUCACUUACAUCAAAACUGGCAAUUAUUUGUGGAACAUCAUCUUGUCAUAUGAGCCUGACGGCGACUCCAGUUAUGGCGCCGGGCAUUUGGGGACCAUAUAAAAAUGCCAUCAUCCCAAAUCUUUACCUCAACGAGGCCGGGCAAAGUGCCACAGGUGUUUUAAUGGAUUUUAUUCUUCAGACACAUCCUUGCUACGGACAGCUGCUAGAGAAACAUGGAAAUAUCGGCAAUAUUUAUUCAUUCUUGAAUAAAUUCCUUCACGAUCUCGCAGAAAACAAAGGGCUACCAUCGGUACAUCGUUUGACAACUACAGUACAUAUUUGGCCGGAUUUUCAUGGGAACCGAUCACCCCUAGCAGAUCCUAAUUUGAAAGGAAUGUUGUCUGGUUUGACGAUGACGAGAGAUGUAGAAAAUCUUGCAAUAAUCUACUUGGCAUUAAUGCAAGCCCUAGCGUAUGGUACUCGCCACAUAAUGGAGGUCCUGGCGCGUUCUGGUAGGGAGGCGAUACGAUCUAUCUUAUUAUGUGGAGGGCUAAGUAAAAAUACUCUUUUCGUACAAACGCAUGCCGAUAUCUGUAAGGUACCGGUAUUAUUGCCUCAUGAGACGGAAGCUGUACUGUUAGGAUCAGCGAUUCUAGGUGCCUGCGCUGCAAAAAUUUAUUUAGAUUUAGAGACUGCUGCUGUCGGAAUGGGGGGACAAGCCGAAAUAGUCAAACCAGAUAUGAGUGAUAAUAAUCGCGAAUAUCACGAACGCAAAUAUCGCGUUUUUUUACGCAUGGUUGACGAUCAACGAGCGUAUCAAUGUAUUAUGAACGAAUAAUCCAUUCUUUUAAUCGUCAUCGUUGAGUAGGUACUUCAUAUCAUAGCACAAUAAGGCGGUAUGGAAUUAACAGGGAUUUCACAUAGAACAAUCUUUUAGUAGAAAUGCAUUUAAAGCAUAACAAUUACCUUUAUACAUUAAAAG